AUGAACCGCCUGCAGUACCUCGUUGAUGGCUUCUACGUCGACAAUGCCACGCGCUCCAUCGAAGUCUCCUUCAUCACCCACAACGGUACGCAUGACUCGAGCACGAGUUUGACGCUGUGUGACGAUCCUCCCUGUUCCCAACCCCCCCACCAUGCCCUGCCACCAGGCGAGAGCAGCACGUUUGUCCUCACGCGCGUCACAGCAGAGGUGGACACGGGCGGGGGCCUCGUGACCUCCUUCUCCUCGCUGCCUGUCUCCACCACCCUCUACCCGCCCUCCCUCACCUCCGUCUUCCUGCUGCUGCUGCAAGCGGUGUACGUGGCGGCGCUGCUGUGGAACGGGGUGGAGGAGGCGGUGGAGCUGCGGGGGCGCAUGAAGAGAGAGGGCUCUGUGCUCAGCUACUUGCGCUCCGGCUGGAACUGGAUGGACAUGGCCUCGCUGCUCCUGCAGUGGCUCGCUCUCAUCACCUGGAUCGUGCUGUGGCGGACCACAGAGGCCUUUGACGUGCAGCCACGGUACGACAUCUACCACACGCUGCUGGAGAGGCCGCAGUACUGGGCCGUGCCGGAGCCGCCGGUGGGGUUCCUGGCAGCCAUGGACCGAUACUCGUCACUGCAGGCGCUCAUCAACUGGCGCUCCUUCUACUUCGCCCUGCAGGGCGUCAACAAAGCCGCUUAUGAAGCAAUGAUUCACCCCCAUGCGUCCCCCUCCGCGUCCCCCCAAACCCUGAUCCGACCUGUGCAGUUUGCGACGCUGCCAGAGGCGUUGUUCACGUGUUUCCUGAUCAUCCUGAACGAGAAUGCGACGGCCUACUUUUUUGCACACAUGCACGAUUGGGACCUGGUGGCGGGCAUGCUCUUCUUCAUCGCCUUCAUUCUCCUCCUCGUCUUCAUCCUCUUCAACUUCCUCAUCGCCAUCAUCGUCGACAUCUUCAUGACCAUCAAGGACUCGCAUGUGGUGGCGGCAUCCAUAACGCACGACAUCGGCACCAUCCUGCGCUACCUCAUCAACCGCUCUCUCGGGCGCUUCUCACCGUACAGCGACAUCAUGGCGCGCCUGGAGCAGCUGGGCGCGCGCAACAAGCAGCAGGACGAGGCGCACAAGCGCAUGCAGCGCUACCAGUCCUUCAAGCGCCGCGCCAAGUCCUGCCUCACCGGGAAGGUCUGUGGGGCGAGUGCUGCGGAGGUGGAAAGAGCCAAGACGAUGGCGGCGGGUGGGGCUGGGGCGGUAGCGGCGCCGCAGAGGGUGCUGCAGGUGAAUGGGCAGAGCAUCGAUGACAUCUCCCUCGCCAUGAUCCUGCAGCGCCGCCACGCCAGGCAGGACCCGUCAGCUUCACUCCCCUCCCCGUCCUCCGCAUCCGUGUUGCAAAUCUCGCCCGAGUCAGAGCAGCUGUCGCAUGUGCUGCUGCGGCAGUUCGGGGACCACGUGGAGGAGCUGGGGAAGGUGAAGGAAGCCAUGGAUGGGCUUAAAGCCAUGGUGCUCGCACUGCACUCCGCUGUUGCUACAGGGGCGGGCGGAGCGGGGGUAGGGUUUGGAGGGGAGGGUAUGCUGCCUGCUGCUGCCACUGGUGCGGCGGGUGCGGAUGGCGGGGCGGCUGGGGGAGCAGCGGGGCAUUAUCCGUUGUUUUCUGUGUCGUCGUCGGCAGCAGCAGCGCUGGCUCGCUCUUCUUUCAGCACCACGUCCUCCUUCUCCUCCGCCCAAGGCUGCUUCCUCUCCCCCAACUCCCUCGGCACGCCCCUCGGCACCUCUCCUGCCCGAGACCCCUUCUCCCCUGCCGCCUCCUCGCUCGCUGCCGCCAACCCCUUCAUCCGUAACCCAUUCGCUACUGGUAACCAGCUCGCCGCCAGCCACCCGCUCGCGGCCAAGAACCCAUUUGCCGGGGGUAACCCAUUUGGCACAGGCGGUCCCCAACACCGCUCGCUCGUGCUGCAGUGGGGGGCAGCGAGGAGGGCAGGGAGUGCCGGGCGGGCGGGGCUGAGAGGGAGCAUGGGUCCCCAAUCAGACGACGCUGCUUCAGCUCGUCAUGGCGGUUCCGGCAUUGAUUCUCAUGCUGAUAGCUCGCAGCAGCCGACUGAUGAGAGUGCGGCUUUCGUUCAUGCAGAUACCAUGCCCAUGCCCCAAACCCGCACCUCUUCGUUCCCCUAUCCUGAACCCGAGCCUCGUGACGCACAGGCAGGUUCGGCGCAGGCUCGUGGGAGCAGUGAUGGUGAGAGCGCUGAUGGGGAUGGCAAGGGGAGUGCAAGUGACCAAAUGACAGCAGACCGCAGCAUAGCGGAGUUGGUCUGCAACCGCUGGGUGUAUGAGGUGGCAGCGAUGCUAUGUUACCUUGAUGAGAGCACCGAACCAGUCCAGUCACUAAGUGCUGAUGUUGCCUUCAGAUUACCAGCUGCUGGUUACUGA